ACCGUGUUCGCAUUCUGGCCCAAAUCGUUUACCGUAGCGCCAGCGAAAAUCGUAUCCUAUACGCAUGCGCAGUGAGGCUGUGUUAGAAAAUGGCAGACGUCUCCCUGGAUGAAGUUAUACGACAGCGCGGUAUUAACCUUAAGGCACCAGCGAAACGACCAAUGUUUGGAAGAGGUGCAGGAGCGGUUGGCAAAAGCUUUGAUGCUCGCCAGAAGAUUGGGGCUAAUGAUGUCCGACAGCGGCUUGGACCAGGAGCAGGAUUUCAAGUGAAAGAUGCCAGGGAGAAGCUGGUUCAGAAGGAUGCUCGCUUUAAAAUCCGUGGCAGGGGAGGAGCAGGAGGGGGAGGAGGAGGGGGGGUGCAGGAUGCUCGGCAGAUGAUCAACUCACGCAAACAGGGGCCAAAUCUGUUCGCUGUCCCUGCACAGACAAUGCCAAAGAUGGCAGUAACACAACAUCUGCAGGGCCAGACAUUUGUGCCACAGAUGCAGAUACAAAGCAACUAUAAUCUGGCCGGUCUGAACUCGAGGCAGUUUAACCCGACUGCACAAGGACUUGGUUUGAGGGGCAGCGCGUCGCCACAGCUGAGCACUAAUAAGAGAGUGAUGGAUGCUCGGGAUAGACUGAGCCUCAAGAGGAACAUUGGAGGGACACCGACACAGGCAGAUUUUGAACACCCCCUCAAAAUAACCAAGACCAUCCAGCAACGUCCAAUGGGAGUCGGAUUGUCAAGUGGAAUACGGUCAAAUACACAGCCUCUCUCAGAUGAGCACGAUGGCCCCCACAAUAAACAAGUAAAGAUGGCUUCAGCUAAUCAUAUGCUCAAGUCACGGCCUGGAACAAUGGGCUCCACAUUCUCCAUGUCAGGUCCGAUCACCAAGGUGGUUCAAAAUGAUUCGUACACGGCCCCCUCCCGCCCUCCUGCCCCCGUGGCCCCCACCCGACCGAACCCCAGCAUGUCUGCCGGGCGGCCCUCAGCUGCAGCCCUAAAGCCCGUCUCCAGGACUCUGCAGCAGAGCUCAGCAGAAACCUGCCCCCCUGCUCCCGCCCCCCCACAGCCAAGUUUCAGUCCUCUGGAAGGGACCAAAAUUACGGUGAACAACCUGCACCCCCGCGUCACUGAGGAAGACAUAGUGGAACUGUUCUGUGUGUGUGGGGCUUUGAAGAGAGCGCGGCUGGCAAAGGUGGGCGUGGCCGAGGUUGUGUUUGUGCGUAAAGAUGACGCCGUUAGCGCAUACAGGAAGUACAACAACCGCUGCCUGGACGGUCAACCCAUGAAGUGUAACCUCCAUAUUCAGGGCAAUGUCAUCACUUCUGAUCAGCCCAUUCUAUUGAGGCUCAGUGACACCCCGGGCGCCAGCAGCAGCGGCACAAAGAAAGACGGCCUCCCCCCCUCCCUCAUGUCUCGCACCGCGGGACAGCGAGCCUCCUCUCAGCCGACCCCCGAAGUGGAUCCUCAGACGAUCCUCAAAGCUCUGUUCAAGUCCACCUCUCAGUCCAGCUCCUCCAGCGAGAGCCCCAGCGCACAGGCCACCGCCUUCCGCAUCAAGAUAUAGAUCCAGUGUCUGUUCAUUCACACAUUACUGCUUUCUCAGUGUUCUCGUACAAACGCCCACAUUCUACUAAUGCGAAACAGGUUUUUACACAUUUGAUAAACGUGACUUCUCCAGACGGGACAUUUUGUGGAUGCACAACAUGAUGAUAAUAUUUGUUCUUGAUUAGUGGAAGGAAAGUGUGAUGUGAUUUGUUGUUUAAUCCAAUGUCUUGGGGGAUGCCAAAUCAUUAUUAUAUUGGGAUUUUUUUUCUGUCAAUGCAAUACCAGCCCAUUUGGAUACGUUUUUUUGAAUACUAAAUUAGGGAUACAUUUUGUGUAAGGCUCGUCCAUACAGUUGCGUUCAGGUUUGUCUGUACCUUUUCUGAACAGAGAAUUAAGCAGACAUUCAAUGUGGGUUAAUCACAGAUGUUCAUAAAACGACAGGUUUUCCGUGAACCAGUUUUCAAACAGUCCUAUUGUGUUUUAUUUUUUAUUUACCGUCUUUGUAGCAUCGAGAUUCCUGUGUGCUGCGUUUGUGAUUGAUUUUACUUGGUUGUCCAGUAAAGAAAGCAGUAUGCGUAUAAUUCUUCCUAGUAUACAUUACACAAGAUUUUUGUUCAAAGAUUGUAAAUUGCUUUCUUGGUAUGUAAGUCUGGAGCGAUCAGAUCUGUCUGUGAAAUGUCAGCAUUAAAUAUCUAGCUUUGUA